CAUGGUUGUCAGUCCGUCACCGGUGAAACAGUCUGUGUACCCUGUACCCAGCGUCUAAGACCCUCUCCAGCUCAUUUCCUGUCUCUCUGCUGUUGUCACACUGACAGAUGUGGUUUUCCAGUCAACCUUCAGACAGAUGUGGAAGCUGCUGCUGCUGCUGCCCUCACCGCAUGAAGAAGCUGCACAGAUCCGCGUGGAGGCAGACGGACGCAGCAUGCCACCUUAACCAGCCCUGAGCUGUCCACCUUCUUCUGUUCUUCCAUAAUCUUCAUUUGGUGAAGAUGUAGCCUGUUGGAUCUCCAUGGAGAUGUCUCCAAACACCGUCUCCUCUUCCCUGGCAUGGUCACUGUGGUUGCUGUUCCUCCUGACCCCCGUCACAGUCUCCAGCCCAACAUCAGAGACUUCUCUACCUGUUAAUAUUACGCUGUUGUUCGACAGCGGCGCCCCCAGCUACAACCUGCGGAACUGCAGCUGCUCCUCAGACGUCAGGGACUGUGACGAGGCUUUGGCCAACUCACUGUGCAGAUGCCACACUGUCCUGCGCUCAGCUCUGCCCUCUGCUGGACUCAGAGAACCUGGAAAGCUGACGGUCUGGAUGAAGGAGGCGUGGGUGUUUGAGGAGCUCCUGAACAGAAGCACAGUGGCUCAUUUGCGUUUGUCUUUUUGCGGAAUUAAACCAGUAGACAGUCAGUACUUGGCUCUGGUAGGUCUGCAGUCCCUCAGGAUCCACAGUGCAGCACCAGAGGCUGUUUACCGAAACCAGGAGAUGACAGUAACUCCUGAUGCUGGAGUGGCAGCAGAAAUGGAGGCCCUUUCCUUUGACUCCACCUCUGCUUUCCAUGUGACGUUUUUGGAUGUAGCGGUGCUGAACGGGCUUUCCCCUCUGAAGGCCUACAGUGUGAUGGGACCGUCUGCUGCUGCGCUCUCUCAGAACUUCCCCCACAUCUCCUUGCCACAAGUUUCACCAUCCUCUGCCCCUGAUACUGAGUCUACACACUCCGGAGAGGAGACUUCAGAGAGUUUGCACAACUUGCUUCUUACAUUUGUUUACUGACAAGUGCAGAUGAUGCACACAAAUAAUGCAUUCCUGAUAUUAUAGGUAUUCAUAACUUAAUGCUGCUACUGCUACUGCAUCUUCUAUGUCUGAAAGCAAUUUCCUGUCAAAUCCCCUCCUUAUGACGUACAUCUACACUGUCGAUGUUCAAAUCGUCAACACUUUGGGUAUUAAUAUAUAACAAAUGGCUGCCAAUAUUCACGAUUUUUUCAUGCAGAAAGUUUUCAUUUUUUCUGCUCUCAUGAAAAACACAAUAUUCCUUCUAAAACACAGGUGUCAAAC